GACCACUAUCGCUGAGGCCCCUGCAACAGGCGGGCCAGGGCGCACUGGGGCUGGGUGGUGGGUUUGAUGCUAGUGCUGGUGGAAUGAACUUGUAUCUCUCACUGCACCCACUUUUGUGCUUCUGACUUAAGCAGUGGUCUCGGAAAGAGGGUCGUGGUCCUGCACAGAUGCGCUUGUUGGGGGAAGCCUUGGAGAUUCACGGCAAGGCGUAAAGCCUGGGGCUUCCAACGAUACUCUGGGCAGGGAUGGAAGCCUAGAUGCCUCACCGCAAGGAGCGGCCGAGCGGGUCCUCGCUUCACACACACGGCAGCACCGGCACCGCGGAGGGAGGAAACAUGUCCCGGCUGUCUCUCACCCGGUCGCCUGUGUCUCCCCUGGCGGCCCAGGGCAUCCCCCUGCCAGCCCAGCUCACCAAGUCCAAUGCACCUGUGCACAUCGAUGUGGGCGGCCACAUGUACACCAGCAGCCUGGCCACGCUCACCAAGUACCCUGACUCCAGAAUAAGCCGCCUCUUCAAUGGCACUGAACCCAUCGUCCUGGACAGUUUGAAGCAACAUUAUUUCAUUGACCGGGAUGGGGAGAUUUUCCGCUACGUCCUGAGCUUCCUGCGGACGUCCAAGCUGCUGCUCCCGGAUGACUUUAAGGACUUCAGCCUGCUGUACGAGGAGGCACGCUACUAUCAGCUCCAGCCCAUGGUGCGCGAGCUGGAGCGCUGGCAGCAGGAGCAGGAGCAGCGGCGCCGCAGCCGGGCCUGUGACUGCCUGGUGGUGCGCGUCACGCCCGACUUGGGCGAGCGGAUCGCACUCAGCGGCGAGAAGGCCCUUAUCGAGGAGGUCUUCCCUGAGACCGGAGACGUCAUGUGCAACUCCGUCAACGCCGGCUGGAACCAGGACCCUACGCACGUCAUCCGCUUCCCGCUCAACGGCUACUGCCGGCUCAACUCGGUACAGGAUGUUCUAUAAAAAUGGCCCAGAGUAUUUUCAACAAAGUGUGCUUCAUUUGACACCCACAUUCUGACUCUGGAUUCGAAUUAAACCCAGGCAACAGGCGAGGCAGGACAGAGGCUGAAUGGAAAGGUGGCCUGGAGCCCCUUCCCUCUCCUUGCUGACCUGGGAGCCGCAGGCACCCACCAGCUGCCAAGAGAAUCCCUGGACCGGCUCUUCCUGGAUGGGUCCAAGAAUUGGACAACUCAGAUGGAGUGAGGGCCUAUUUUCCAAGAGCUUGGCACAUUUCCGGCUUAGCGUAGAAUGGGCUUUGCAGGGAAGAGGUCCCCCCAUGCAUGCAUUCCACAGCCUGUUGGUCAGAACUUGCUAGUUGCAAGAGACAGGUGUUACACGCAGUCAUCAGACCUCACCCUCACAGAGACACAGACCCACAUAGUUGUGGAUGCCUGCAGAGACUCAAAUAUUGAGAAGACUUCUCCUUUUUCUCUCCCUCCAGAGCUCCCACUAGCUGAUGUGCCCCCAGGCCUCAAACCACCUGGAAUGCACAGCUCAGGGAAGCCGCUGGAUGCCUAGAGGCUGAAGGACAGGGAACUCUCCAUUAUUGGGGCAGGACUCAGUUAGGCAGGAUGCUUGGGGCCAUGUGUCUGGAGAAAGGGCACAGGUUACACCCUACAGAAGAAAGAAGGGACCCAAAGGCUCUUUUUGCCUCCUGGAAUCAAGGCCCUGAGGGCAGCAGAAUGGUGACCUGGGUGGGGUCAUCCAACUGGGUUUGGUAACCUGAGGGGUCACUGGGCCUGGCAACUUCUGUCCCUCUGAUGGUGGAACCCAGCAGGUGGUUCUGUAGGGACCUUUGUUGGUGAGGGAGACUGAUACCAUCACAGGAGAAGGUGCUCUGGCUGGCUGCCCCAGCAGGCACCCACCUGCCUGCCAGGCCAAGCCAGGUGUCCUCUUGCAGCUUGGCCUUGAUGACCUCUGUUUCUUCCUGGGCAGGUCCUGGAGCGGCUGUUCCAGAGGGGUUUCAGCGUGGCCGCGUCCUGUGGGGGCGGCGUGGACUCCUCCCAGUUCAGUGAGUACGUGCUUUGCCGGGAGGAGCGGCGGCCACAGCCCACCCCCACUGCUGUUCGGAUCAAGCAGGAACCCCUGGACUAGGCCCUGCUUCAGUGCCUACCUGGGCCCCCCCAGGAACCUGGAAACAGUGCUGGGGAGUUCUGCCUGUGUAUGCUUGGCCAUGGGCAUGAGACUGAGGGUGAGGCUAGAGGGUCCAAAGCUGGCCCAGCAAGCACCAGGGCCCCAGGUGUCAUGGCAACAGAAUGUAGGAUGCUGGAGGCAUGCCUGCAGAAGGACUGCUGAUGUGACCCAAAGAUGCAGCAGUGGGAACUCGGCUGCCAGCUCUCCCAGCCCCUCAGCUUCCCAGCCUGGCGCAGCAUCCUCUGAGGCCCCGGGGCCUGCUGGGGUGGGUUUGGAAGAGUCGUCUGCAGCUACUUCAGAGGAGCUGUUUAUCCCUCUCCACGCAGGGCAGACUCUGGCGGGUCUCCUAGCGUCCGAGAUGGCUUAUUUUUCUACAGUAUUUAAAAUGGAUGCAACCCUAACUGCAGAAGUCAGAGAGGCUGACAAGGACCAACGCUUCUUUAUCUGGUGCUCAGUUCUCAGUCGGACGUGCAGCAUGGCUGCGCAGCAUGGCCACAGGGUGGACCAGCUGCCUGGCAUUCAGGCCCAGAUGCCUGCAGGGCUGGGGCUCUCGGGACAGAUGCAGGGAUGUGUGCUGCAGGGCUGCUGGGAGGAGAGUGGUGGGGGCCUGAGGGCUGAGUGACUCUGUAACCACCUGAGACCUUCACCUUUGCUGCCGUCGGGGGCUCAGGCUGCACUCCCCGGGUCACCUGACCUCCUCCUGCCUGGGGGCUUCUGGUUCUGUCUGUGUGGAUCGGCACCUGGGCUGCUGGAGAAGUCUCCUCCCGUUCGGACCAGCCUCAGGGCUGCACCUUACCUCAGGAAUGGGCCCCACCACAAAGGGGCCCAUCUGUCAGCAGCGUCUUCUAGGUCCCCAGCUCAGGGAGCCAUCCCCAGCUCCAGUUUUCUCAUGCGAGUAUGCACAGAGUUUUAAUUAAACUUGUUACACUAGCCUGCCGAUGAGACCUGGACACAGGCAGACCUGGCGCUCUUGACCCCCGAUUCCAGUGAGGACUGGCCCUGAGGAGUCCUUGCAGACCUGCUGCCCCCACCACGACAGGCCCAAAGAUGGACACUGCCCCCCCGGCCUUGUGACAGCUCCCGGAGUGUUCUCCAGUGGAGAAACCACAGAGGACUGGUGGGCGGGGCUCCCCAGCCAUCACCAUCCUGUGUACAAUGGCUGUAGACUUGUAUAUGGCUCCUUUAAUAUUGUAAAGAUGCUGAUGUACAAUUGUCGUGCGUUUGUGUGAACACAUUGCGUUCCCAGUCCAUGCCAUAAAUGAUGCUCUCAAGCAAAAGACUGGAGGCUCUGUCCUGUGCAGAAGCAGCAGCCGGACUCCCACAUUCGAUGUUGUGCAGGGAGGUUUGGGGGCGGAACGGAUUCCUCCCUUGGAUCCUUCAGUUCACAUCGAGGAAUAACCCACAGCGGUGGUGGGGGAAGGUCAGUCGCUGGGUCUUGAGCUUGGUGUUAUUUAUUGCAUUUGGGUGCCUGUCCCCUCAGGGCAGCACAGAUUCUGAAUCCUGAUUCACAGCCCCUAGCCAGAUGGGAACUGGGAAAGAGACAGAAGGCGUCUGGGUGCUUUUGAACCCUGUCUUAAAUGUUUGGGAUUUUCUCUCUCACUGUUCCUUGGUUGGGGAUGAUGUCCUCUUUAGACCCCCACAUAAUGGUAUGAGGAGGUGGCAGGCGGUGGCUCAGGCCAGCUGGGGGGGGCCGAGUCGUGCUGCCAGCGUGAGACCUGCAGUUCACCUGAGCACAGAACGAGAUCUCAGUAUGCCUCUAUGUAAACAGAUUCACAUAGGCCUCCAAUUUUAAUGAGACUUUUUGCAUUUUUUUCUCAAAGCCCUUAUGUUCUAACCCAUGAGAACCAUUUUACCUGCCCCCUAAGGGCCACCAGCUUCGACUUGCCUCAGGGGACAGCCGCACAGACCAGCCGCUCCCUGUCCAAGGCCGCAGAGCAGACGCCAUUCCAUUGUACAAUCGAAUUUGCUGGACAAACUUGAUAGGUUUCUUUGCUUAGCAACGAGCCUAUAGUUGGCACAUCUGCGUUUUGGCAUCUGAGGCUCCCAUCUGAGUGGAGGAGAAAGUGUUGUGUUUAUUAGCAAGGAAGUCUUGUGAAAACAGCUCGCUGCUGUGUGUGUUUAUGGAUUUUUCUGAUAUAACUGCCAGCAUGGUUACCGAGUGGUAGAGAUUCUCGAACAUUCUCAAACUCUCUUUUUGGGUAAAUCAUUGUGCUAAAAAUAAAAUUUAUUAAUAAAGAAGGGGAAAAAGGAGUAACUACCUGACUAAAUGUUACUCUAAUUUAUUUAUUUCUUUACUAACUAAGUAAAACCAGGAAGUAUGAUUUUACAUCAACCAGAGAAUUUCUGAAUUUAUAGAGAAAUACUAUGUUCCCAUAAUGAUGCUAUAAUUCUAAUAUAUCUAGUCCCCAUAAACAGUAAGUACAAAUUAUCAUUCCUUUAAAGCAUUUUUACACUUCCUGGAAUGAGUAUAUUAUAAGCAAUCUUUUGUCAAAUGCCAGCAGUAUAAAUGUUACUUCUGCUCUUUGUAAACCUCAAAACUCAUUAUUCUUGAUUAUAAGCAACUGGACAGAACCAUGCCAAAGCUUCCCAGUUUCCCACCAAACCCCUGCCAGUGAGUACAGAGAACUCGCAAAGCCACAGCAGGUGGCCCCAGCCACUGUCCCACUCACUGGGGGCCCAAUGCCAGGUCACAACACUAAUAAUAUCUUUCAAAAAAUGUGUCUUUUUUUUUUUUUUUUUAAGCUACUGCUUGACUGUUCCUUAGAAUAAAUAAAGGAUAUUUUAUAAAUUA